ACACGCUCUCCACUGCGCAUGCGCAAACAAGGAGACGAAGAAGAUGAUAGCAGAGCGAUGUUUGGGAGUAUUGCUGCGGCCGAGAGCCUGCGGUUAUAGGACCCGCAGUCUUCUCCACACCGCUGUGGGCGUGGCCAGUCACCCAAAGAUCACCACCCAUCCUUCAGUGAACGCUAGAGAGGAGGAUGAGAGGUGGGCAGAUGUGGACAUGGGCCGAGAGAGUGACGAGUGUGAUGUGGUGAUAGUUGGAGGAGGACCUGCAGGACUCUCUGCUGCCAUUCGUCUCAAGCAGCUGGCGUGUGAGGCAGGGGAGGAGGUGAGAGUUUGUGUGGUGGAGAAAGCUCCAGAGAUUGGGGCUCACAUUCUUUCUGGAGCUGUGCUUGAGCCACGGGCACUGAAGGAACUGUUUCCAGACUGGAAGGAGAGAGGGGUGGGUGGAAGAUGAACACAUCUCACUACUGGUUUGUUUGACUCUCUGGCAGGCCCCACUGCACACACCAGUGGUGAAGGACAGAUAUUCUCUGCUCACAAAAUCUCACAGGAUCCCUCUCCCUGUUCCUAGGGGUACUCCCAUGCACAACCCUGGCUCCAACUAUAUAGUUCGUCUGGGGCACUUAGUUCGUUGGCUGGGGGAGCAGGCAGAGGAGGCAGGGGUGGAGGUGUAUCCUGGCAUUGCUGCCUCUGAGGUUCUCUACCAUUCUGACGGCAGUGUUAAAGGAGUGGCCACUGUUGACCAGGGAAUUGCAAAGGACGGCUCACCAAAGGCUGGCUUUGCCCGAGGAAUGGAGCUGCAUGCAAGACUCACUCUCUUUGGUGAGGGUUGCCAUGGCUCCCUCACCAAGUCUCUCUUCCACCAGUUCAACCUUCGACACAGCUGCCAGCCACAGACUUACGGCCUGGGGCUCAAGGAGCUGUGGGAGGUGGAGCCAGCGAAACAUUUCCCUGGACACAUCGAGCACACUAUUGGCUGGCCUGCCCCUAAUGACAUGUAUGCUGGCUCCUUCACUUACCAUCUUAAAGAAGGGGACACACCUCUUGUUGCAAUCGGCUAUGUUGUUGGACUGGACUACAAGAACGCAUAUGUCAGUCCCUACCAAGAGUUUCAGAUGUGGAAACACCACCCCCACAUCAGCAGGCUCCUGGAGGGAGGGCGAAGAGUGGGGUAUGGAGCAAGAGCUCUGAAUGAAGGAGGCUUGCAGAGUAUUCCACAGCUGGCCUUCCCCGGAGGAGCUCUCAUUGGCUGUGCUGCUGGGUUCAUGAAUGUCCCCAAGAUCAAAGGCACCCACACUGCCAUGAAGAGUGGGAUGUUAGCUGCAGAAUGUGCCUUUGAGGCUCUCUCCCAGACCUCCUCCAAUGCAUAGUGGUGGUAACGUGUGUUGCCAAACUAAAAGUCCUGAGUUCGAAUCCUGUGGUUGCCGUUUUUCUUUUUCUUACAACUUCUUUUACCACCUUCUUUGUCCUCUAGGUGUUCUGCUGGCCUCGUAUGAGGAGCAGUUGAAGAGGAGUUGGGUGUGGCAGGAACUGUGGAGAGUGAGGAACAGUCGACCUUCGUUCUCCUCAAGACUCGGGAAUCUGGGAGGAGUCCUAUACACUGGAGUGUCUCUGCUUUUGAUGAGAGGUCGCGAACCCUGGACCUUACGACACCACGGAGCUGACCACACCCACCUGAUGGAGGCCAGUUGCUGCCAACCCAGGAACUACCCCAAGCCUGAUGGGAAGAUAAGCUUUGAUCUUUUGUCCUCCGUAGCUCUCACAGGUACAAACCACGAUCAUGAUCAGCCACCUCACCUGACUCUGCGUGACGACACAGUCCCAGUUGACAGGAACCUGGCAGUGUUUGGUGGACCAGAACAGCUGUUCUGUCCUGCUGGAGUUUAUGAGUUUGUCCCUCGAGAGGAC